AACAGACAUGCACUGGUUAGGCUUUUGUGUAUGUUUUUAACUGUACUAAAAUUAGUCUAAACGAUGAAUAAUCUACGAAAAGCAUAUACAUGCGUCCGGUCAGAGGCGGUAAAUCCCAAUUCUUUAUCGGAGGCUGGCAACAUGAUUUUGUUGUGCUUUUGGCGCUCUGUUGUCUAACUACUAGAGGUAGCCUGCCUGCCUGCCUGCCAGUGGAUGCAUUCAACUCUCCACGAACUGUACCAACUUCAAAAUAGGCAGUAGAGAAGAAAACUAUGGUGUGCAGUCGUACUACAUUGAUGCAUUUGUGUAGAUUUUGAUAACGCAUAUCUCCAGAAAGUCACAACUCUUUUGUUUGACAACGAUGGGGAGUUCUUUGCUGGAGUAUGAGACGGAGAUGUUUCUCAGCCUCUUCACCACGGAUGGGUUGUUGGUGACAGCAGAGGGACUCGGUAUAGACCGCAUUCUCCUCCAGUUUCUUAAAAUCUAUUCAGAGGAGGGAAGCUUGGUCCUCCUUCUCAACACAACCAUCCCCGAACAGGAAUACUUCACCGAAAAGCUCCGUGCAGAGGGUGUCACUCACCUUCCAAAGACUGUGACCAGCGAGGUGCAGGGCGGAGAGCGCUAUGAUGUCUAUACACAGGGUGGGGUGCUAUUCGUCACCAGCCGCAUCCUGGUGGUGGACUUCCUCACAGAGAGGAUUCCUGCUCAUCUCAUAUCAGGUAUUCUAGUCUACCGCGCGCACAAGAUCAUCGAGUCUUGUCAGGAGGCAUUCAUCCUGAGGCUCUUCAGGCAGAAGAACAAGACCGGCUUCAUCAAGGCCUUCACGGACAAGGCCACAGCCUUCUCCUCUGGCUUCUGCCAGGUGGAGCGCGUCAUGAGGAACCUGUUCGUCAAGAAGCUCUACCUCUGGCCCAGAUUCCAGGCAUCGGUGAAUGGUGUUUUGGAGCGCCAUAAGCCUGAUGUGGUGGAGCUGCACGUGUCCCUGACCCCCUCCAUGCGGGCCAUCCAGAGCGCCAUACUGGACAUCAUGAACGCCUGCCUGAAGGAGCUCAAGCGCUACAACCCCGCGCUGGAGGCAGAGGACCUCUCGCUGGAGAACUCGCUGGGCAAACCCUUCGAGAAGACUAUACGCCAUUAUCUGGACCCCUUAUGGCACCAGCUGGGCACCAAGACCAAGUCCCUGGUGCACGACCUCAAGAUCCUGAGGACAAUGCUGCUGUACCUGACCCAGUACGACUGCGUCACCUUCCUGAACCUGCUCGAGUCCCUACACUCCAGUCAGAAGAGCUUCGGCAGCAACUCAGGUUGGCUGUUCCUGGACUCCAGCACCUCCAUGUUUGUGAACGCCAGGCAGCGCGUCUACCGGAUACCAGAGGCCAAGAAGAAACAGAAGACGGAGAAGGAGGAGAAAAAGCCUCCUGCACCAGUGGAAGUGAAGCGUGUGCUGGUGCUGGAGAGGAAUCCUAAGUGGGAGGCUCUGACAGAGGUUAUGAAGGAGAUCGAGAAGGAGAACAGCACACAGGACCCCCCAGGCCGAGUGCUGAUCUGUGCCAGCGACGACCGCACCUGCGCCCAGCUGAGGGAGUACAUCAACCGGGGCUCGGAGGCGCUGCUCACCCGCCUCUACUACCGCACCAUGGGCAAAGGGGAGGCCCUCGCCAUGGCAGAGACAGCGGGCAAAAGACGGCGCAGCGCCGCCAACAGGCAGCCCAAACCUGGCAACACCAAGGAUUCUACGAAGCCGUCAAAGGGCAAGGGAGCCAAGGGGAAGCAGGGCAAGGGCAAAGCAGGAAAAGGGAAAAGCUCCAAGGGUGACCUCACACUUACUCAGAUGGUGGGCAGAGGAGAGGAAGAGGCGGGUGUCUUCCACAGUGACGGAGAGGAUGAUAUACUAGGCCUAGGUGCGGAGGAGGAGGAGAUGGAGGACACGAAGAUGACAGAAGAUAACGACGAAGAAGGAGAAGAGGAGAACUUGGAUCUUAACCUGUCGUCGGACUCGUACUACGGGAUCCUGAGGGAGCCGCUGACCGUGCUGCACCCGCUGUGGGGCUGCAGCGACCCCUACAGCCUGACGCGGGUACUGCACGAGGUGGAGCCCACCUAUGUGGUGCUGUACGACGCCGAGCUGAGCUUCGUGCGGCAGCUGGAGACCUACAAAGCCAGCAGGCCGGGGAAGCCUCUGCGGGUCUACUUCCUCGUCUACACUGGCUCCACUGAGGAGCAGAGGUACCUGACUGCCCUCCACAAAGAGAAGCAAGCCUUUGAGCACCUCAUCAGGGAGAAAGCCACUAUGGUGGUGCCUGAGGAGAGGGAGGGGAGAACGGACACCAAUAUGGAUCUGUCCAGAGACCCAGCGCCAGCAAACGAAACCACCAACACUCGCAAAGCAGGAGGUCAAGAGGAGGUGAAGGUGCCGACGCGUGUGAUCGUGGACAUGCGCGAGUUCCGCAGCGAGCUCCCGUCACUGCUGCACCGACGGGGCCUGGACAUCGAACCGGUCACCCUGGAGGUGGGGGACUACAUCCUGACUCCGGAGCUGUGUGUGGAGCGCAAGAGCGUCAGCGACCUGAUUGGCUCCCUGCAGAGCGGCAGGCUCUACUCCCAGGCUCUGGCCAUGACUCGCUUCUACCGCCGGCCCGUGCUGCUGAUCGAGUUCGACCCGGCCAAGCCCUUCUCUCUCGUCGCCCGCGGUGACCUGCGCGGCGAGAUCUCGGCCAACGACAUCACCUCUCGCCUGACGCUCCUCACCCUCCACUUCCCCCGCCUACGCCUCCUCUGGUGCCCCUCCCCCCACGCCACCGCAGAGCUCUUCCAGGACCUGAAGAAGGGCAGGGCGGAACCGGAUGCGGCCGCGGCCCAGGCUGUCACCGCUGAGUCGGACACGGUGGCCGAGUCCUCCAGCCUCUACAACCCGGGGCCCUACGACAUGCUCCUCUGCCUGCCCGGCGUCAGCACCAAGAACUGCCGGGCGCUCAUCAAACACGUCAGCUGCCUGGCGGACUUGGCGACCUUGAGCCAAGACAGGCUGGCGGAGAUCUUGGAGAGCGUCAGCAACGCCCGACAGCUGUACGAGUUCCUGCACUUCACGCCAGAGGUGCCCGCCGCCGGUGCAUCAGCAGCUGGGUACAAAGGGAAACGUUGGUAACCCUGAGCAGGGCCGCUGACAGCUUUUGCAUGGCCCAGGGACAUGGUCAUCUGAAAGGGCCCCCUACCUAAUAAAUGCAAUGUAAUGGGGACCCAUUUCUGGGGCCCUUAUCUCCCUGGGCCCGGGACAACAUAGCCUGUUCUCCCCCCCCGUCGGCGGGCCUGACCCUGAGUACAUCAUUUCCCCAUGAACGACGUUUCUGGGAGAUUUCUGGGACCCAGUUGCAAAGGAGUUGGACAUAAAUUGAUGGGAAACCUUCCAAUAACUUCCAAUAACCAUCCCAAUAACUACGUUUUUUAGGGGUUCAUCAGCCAAGGAAAGCGUUUGUAACCCCCGAGAGCAGGGUUGCCCAUUGGGGGUGUAAACAUGAACGCUUUCUGGGACCCAGUUGCUAGAGAGUGGAACAUAAAUCAACUGAAAACCAUAAGGUUUUCCCAAUAACUCUACGUGUUUAGGGGCUCAUCAGAUCUUGAAGAGCGCCAGCAAUACCAGGCAGCUGUACGAGUUCCUGCACUUCGUGCUAGAAGUGCCCACUGGGAGCACCACAGCAGGGCAGAAAGAGAAACGUUCGUAACCCCCAGUGCAGUGUUGCUCAUGGGCAGGACAGCUCCUGCUGGGCCCAGGACAUCUGACACGCACGCACGCACGCACGCACGCACGCACGCACGCACGGACACACACACACACACACACACACACACACACACACACACACACACACACACACACACACACACACACACACACACACACACACACACACACACACACACACACACACACACACACACACACACACACACACAAUUUUCGGGACAACAGACUCUUGUCCCCUCUGUUGACUUUCCUGGCUGUGGGGGUUAAACAUGAAAGCAAUCUAGGACCCAGCUGCCAGAGAGUUGGGGUAUAAAUUGAUUGAAAUCCUCAAGGUAUUCCCAAUGACUGUACAUUUUUGUAGGGGCUCAUCGUCCAUCACUCUGAGCAGCCGUGACUAAGUGAUACCAGUGCCACUUGGAAUGCCGAGGUGGCAGGUGUGAAAUUUUUAAUGACAAAAAAUGACAAAGCACUGGAUGGUUUACACUAGUUAGAAAUGUUGUAAGUUAGGCUAGUGCCAUAGAACAAUGUGCUUCAGGGACUCAACAGCAUGUUGAAUAAAUGCCUUAAUAAUAAUAAUAAUAAUAAUAAUAAUAAUAAUAAUAAUAAUAAUAAUAAUAAUAAUAAUAAUAAUUAGUAUUAUAAUUAUAAUGCCUUAAUAGUUUCAGAGGACUUUAUUAACUUCAAAAAUAUUUCAUGAAUAGCGUGUUAUUCUUUGGCCUACAUGAAUUCUAUUUUUUAAACAUUUGAUGUGGUAUUGCAAUUGUGCUAAAUUAUUUUGUGAAAGAAGCUUCCUGAAUGAUAACUUGUUAAAUGUGAUGUUCUUUAUAAGUGGUUGUUGUAACAUGUAGUAAUAAAAUGUGAAGCAGUAUGAAAUG